CACGCGCAGGGGCAGCGUUCGGGGCGGCUCGGCGUCCAUUCGGCUCUCAUAUCCUUGCAAAAUUAGGCCCUUCUGCGCACAAUGUUCGGCGGCGCUGUCCAGUGGGAUCCCCUCAUGUGCCUCAACGAGGAGCCGACACCCCAGUGCCUCUUGCGGGUCAAGAAGGACAUCGCGGACUUCAACGCCAGUCCUCCUGCGGGACUGUUCAUCGCACCCGAGGAAGGCGACAUCACCAAGAUUCACGCCCUUGUCGUCGGUCCCAGUGGAACGCCGUACGAGGGUGGCUUCUUCCAGUUCUACAUGAAGUUCCCGCCCACCUACCCGAUCAGCCCACCCAGGGUGCGUAUCAUGACAACGGACGCUGGCCGAGUGGGCUUCAAUCCGAACCUGUACGCCUGCGGCAAGGUCUGUCUCAGCAUCCUCGGCACCUGGGCCGGGCCACCGUGGAGUCCCGCUCAAGGCCUCGAGAGCGUCCUGAUAUCAGUGCAGUCUCUGAUGAAUGAAAGGCCCUACCACAACGAGCCUGCCUUCCAAAACCGGGAACGGGCACAGGGAGAGGCCGACCGCUACAACGAAUGCAUUCGGCACGAGACGAUCAGGGUGGCGGUGUGCGACCAGGUCGAAGCCGCUCUCAAGGAGAGUCCCGGCUGCCCGGCCGUCUUCAGGGAGCAGAUACUGAACUCCUUCUCCGAGUCCUACGACAAAUACGAGGAAAUCGUGAAGGGAAAGCUGCAUCUUACCGGCACGAAGGUGACCACUCUCGGUUUUGCAAACAUGACGUACCAGUACGAGACGCUGCUGACCAGGAUGCGAGGUUUAAGAGACCAGGUCAAGCAGAAAAAGGAAGCUGCUGUUGCCGCAGCAGCAGAAGCUGCCGAAGCUACCGCAGCUGUCCAAGUUGCUGAUAAUGCUGCUGCCGCCACGAACCCGGUGAACUGA